CUGUGUCCGCUCUCCUCUAACAUGGUCGGCACGAUCCUCCUUCCACUUUGUGUUUUCUUUAUCCUUUUUAGUUUCAUGUGCCGAAGGCCAAAGAAUUUUCCACCGGGACCCACUAUCCUCCCAAUCUUGGGGAACAUUUUGAGCCUGAGCUUGGAGAACCCCUUGCAGGACUUUGAGCGGCUGAGGAAGGCAUAUGGAAAUGUCUACAGCUUGUACCUGGGUCCUAAACCUGCUGUUAUUGUUAAUGGAUUGCACGCCAUGAAAGAGGCUUUAGUGUCCAAAGCAAUUGACUUUGCUGGACGACCCCAAGACCUUUACGUUAAUGAUACCACUGACAGAAAAGGAGUCAUCCUGGCUGACUAUGGUUCUAGUUGGAAGGAACAUCGCCGAUUUGCACUUAUGACUUUGAGGAACUUUGGUCUUGGGAAGCAGUCAAUGGAGGAGAGGAUUCUGGCAGAAAUUGAGUUCAUCAUGAAAACACUGGAAAAGAGCAUUGGUAGUACCUUGAGUCCCCAACUUAUGUUCCAUAAUGCAUCCUCAAACAUCAUCUGCCAAGUUCUGUUUGGCAAACGCUACGAUUAUAAUGACAACUUCAUCAAAGUGAUUGUUAAAUGUUUCACUGAGAAUGCCAAGUUGGCAAAUGGACCUUGGGCUAUGCUGUAUGACUCCUUGCCGAUGAUUCGUGGUCUUCCAUUGCCCUUCAUGAAGGCUUUUGAGAAUGUCAAGACAUGUCAAAAACUUGCAAAGGGUGUGUUGGCUGAGCACAAAAGGACCAGAGUCCCUGGAGAACCACGAGACUUUCUUGACUGCUACCUGGAUGAACUGGAUAAGAGACAUGAUGAUGACAGUUCCUCAUUUUCAGAGCAACAGCUAACAAUGUACGCUCUAGAUCUUCACUUUGCUGGGACAGACACCACUUCCAACACCCUUCUGACUGCUUUCCUUUAUUUUAUGACUCAUCCACAUGUACAAGAGCGUUGCCAACAGGAGAUUGAUGAGGUGUUAAAAGGAAAGGAUAACGUGUCUUUUGAUGACAGAAACAAUAUGCCAUAUGUGCAGGCUGUAAUCCAUGAAGUUCAGCGAGUAGCAAACACUGUACCAUUGAGUGUGUUUCACUGUACGACGAAAAACACAGAGCUGAUGGGAUAUUCUAUUCCUAAGGGUACAAUGAUCAUCCCAAACCUGACCUCGGUGCUUCAUGAAGAAGGCCAGUGGAAAUUUCCUCAUAAAUUCAACCCAGAAAACUUCCUCAAUGACCGGGGCGAGUUUGUCAAGCCAGAAGCGUUUAUGCCUUUUUCUGCUGGUCCUCGCAUGUGUCUUGGUGAGGGUUUGGCUCGUAUGGAGCUCUUCAUCAUCACGGUGACUCUGCUCAGAAAGUUUAGGUUCAUCUGGCCUGAGGAUGCAGGAGAGCCAGACUUUACUCCAGUCUAUGGAGUCACUCUCACUCCCAAACCUUAUCGCAUGAAGAUUCAACUAAGAGCAACCCAGACAAGCUGAGCGGAGACAUUUAAAUGAAAGGAGAGUAGCAUCUUUUUGUUUGCUUUAAUAGCCUAGCUAGCUCGUAUGCCUUGGCAGUGCAUACCUGUAUUUUUUUUAUAGCACAAUGGAGUGAAAAGCUGAGCCUGUUUUUCUUCAAAGUAUGGUGCUAAUAGAGCAUUAGAAACAAACUGUUCACUCAUCCUUCUUGAUGGCCAAAUUCCAGAAAAGACAAAGACGGUGUUUUUCUAAGCAUGACAUUGAUUUGUCUUUUGUGAUAAUCGUGUGUAAAGGCUAUACAUAACAUAUAUAUAUAUAUACAUAACUGUAUAUAUAAGAUUUUCUCACGAACAGUUGUUCACACAUCACUAUCUAUCAAUCAAUGUGUUAAAGCUUCACUAUUUAUUUAAAUCAUUUCAAUCUUUAAUUGGAUAUUAAACAAGAGUUUUAAAUGGAAAUGAGCUCUGUUCAGAAUCUCCAGGCAGAUCAGAUUACAAAGGGAAAUGACAUGUUAAAAUUAUGUUGGGGAAACAUUCAAAGAUGGAAGUUGAAUUCAUAAAUGUGGUAUCACUGAUGCGAGAUGGAGGACACAGUUUACCCCCCGGGGUCCGACAUUAAGCCUUUUUAGGUAGUGGCCAGGAAGGGCAGUCAGGUUGUGGUGGCUCUAUCAGAACAUCUACUGGCCCCAUAUAUUCACAAUACCACACAUUAAAUUUAGCUAUUAUUUUGUUAUUAAGCAUCUCUAUACUUGGUUUUUCCAGACCUUUUCAGAAAUUCUUACUGCAACUGCCUUCAUGACUGUGACAGUGUACCACUUACCUCACUAAAAUCAAUGUGUUGCAAUAGGGCUUAAAAGAAUAAAAGGAUUACAAAAUUAUUAAAAUGCUCUGGGUUGAUGUUGAUACACUGAACCAGAAUCAGCUAUAUUGGUCAAGUAUGUACCAGCACGCAAGGAAUUUGUCUCUGGUAGUGGUGCUGCCCUAAGACUACCGCAUUCACAUGCCGUCAACCCGUCGUCUUUUUUUUUCAAUCCUUCUGCAGUGUCCUCUCCAGGUCAAGGAUGAGAUAAUGCCCUAAGUGGAGGAGUUCAAGUAUGUUGGGGUCUUGUUCAUGAGCGAGGGAAGAAUGGAGUAGGAGAUCGACAGGCGGAUCGGUGCGACCUUUGUAAUGAUGCGGACUUUGUAUCGAACUGUUUUGGUAAAGCGGGAGCUCAACUGACAUGCAAAGCUCUCAAUUUACCUGUCAAUCUACAUUCCUACCCUCAUGUAUG